GUAGCACAUGCGAUCGCUUUCCAGAUGACCUUUGCGUCCCAGCAAACAUGUCUGCUUCUGGACCUUUCUCCGUCGCGCCGGAUCGCGUUCCGUCGCAACUAUACGACAUCAUUCCGCUAGACAGGCAAGCCCAUCACAUCACCAUGGGCGAGCACUUUGCCUGAUUAUCCCAAUCGCGUCAAUGCAAUGGGUCGCGAAAAUGCGAAUCCAGGGUGCAUGUGCAAGCCUCGCAGAACACCUGAUGCCUACACUAUCGCUAUCGUCAAACUUACCAGCAGUUCAUGCAGAAGCGUGACAUAUACACACACACACACACAGGCCAUGCCAUCGGCGAGGGACUACGGUGUUUCAAAACACGUGGCCGGUGCCAUCGUGCAUGAACCGGUCCCCUAUUCCAGCGUGCGCGCACCCCAAGCAGCAAGCGAAGCGAGGGAAUGUUGGCAAGCCGCGGCAUAUGACGAACGCCAGACUAAACCCCGCCUAGACCCACCCGUCCAGUUCCUCUCCCCCUCCUGCUAUCCACUUUUGUACCCCGCUGCCACUCCGCGUGAACCGCCUUUGCCUAUGUCACUUUUUCGCCUACUUCCAAGGUUUUCUUUUCACCUCCCGCGUCACAGAGCCGGAGCGGAAUUUUGGAAUCAUGACGGCGGGGAGAUGGACGCGUGGGUCACAAGGUCGUCAUGCAUCGGUCAGUGCGAGAUCAUUCAUGCUGUGCGAGCAUCGAGAUCGCGGCUGUUGGCAAGUUCUGGCUACGAUUAUCGGAGCUGGCCGAUGCGUAGCUUGUGUGGUACAGUACGUUCACGGUGAGGGGUGUGGAGGGGUCGAAAAGUUUGAGCCAGAGACAUGCCACGUCUAUACCGCUCCCCUCUGGCGUUCUGCUCUCGUUACAUUGACGAAUGAGCGAUCUGGCUAUAUGCAUCGUGGGUGUGGUCAGCUGCGCUUUUCGGUUUGCUGGUGGGUGGCUUCGG